GCAUGGCCCGAGGAGAAUGAGUGGAGUUGGUGAAGUGUCCUGGAUGCCUGUACUUCUGUAUCAUCAAAGCGGAGAAGCUUGUUCUGGGUGUUGAGUUAAUCAUGCUGAGGAUGAUGGGAAGAUGCCCGAUGUUCAUUAUACUGUCUGCAGUUGUAAUAAUCAUCACAGCUGACCGUGUGAAUGUGAGGUUGGUUGGUGGUCACAGUCGCUGUGCUGGUACAGUGGAGGUUCUUCACAGAGGUCAGUGGGGAACAGUGUGUGAUCUUGCCUGGGAUUUGGCUGAAGCUGCAGUGGUUUGUAAAGAGCUGGGCUGUGGAGAACCUGUAGAUGCUCUGGGUAAUGCACACUUUGGACAAGGAUCAGGGCCAAUCUGGAUGAGUUUUGUCAGAUGUAUUGGUUUUGAAUCCACACUGAAAGACUGUAGAUCAGCAGGAUGGGACCAAAAUAUCUGCAAUCAUGCUAACGAUGCUGGAGUCAUCUGCUCAGGUGUCAGGCUGGUUGGAGGAUCUCGCUGCUCUGGGAGGUUAGAGAUACUUCAUGAUCAGACGUGGAUGUCAGUGUGUGACGCUGUCUUUGACCAGCAGGAUGCAGAGGUUGUGUGUAGAGAGCUGGACUGUGGGGCUCCUGUACAGGUGCUGGGAGCAGCUGCUUUUGACAAAGGAGACACUCAGAUGUGGACACAAGAGAUUCAGUGCAAAGGAAAUGAGUCUCAGAUACACCUCUGUCCAACAUCACCAUCACAUGAAAACAAUUGUUCUUAUGAAAAUGAUGUUGGACUGAUGUGUGCAGAAAUAAUAAAUGUGCGGUUGGUUAAUGGAAACAAUCCCUGCAGUGGGACAGUGGAGGUUCAUCACAGAGGUCAGUGGGGAACAGUGUGUGGUGAUGGUUGGGAUUUGGCUGCUGCUGCAGUGGUAUGUAGAGAGCUGGACUGUGGAGAUCCUGUAGAUGCUCUGAGUGAUGCUCAGGUUGGACUUGGAUCAGGACCAGUCUGGAUGAAUAAUGCAAUAUGUAGUGGAUCUGAGUCCACACUGAAGAAGUGUGGAUCUGUCAUAUGGGGUUUUCAAGGUGUGUGUCAGAGCAAGAGUGCAGGAGUCAUCUGCUCAGGUGUCAGACUAGUUGGAGGUUCUCACUGCUCUGGGAGGUUAGAGAUACUUCAUGAUCAGACGUGGAUGUCAGUGUGUGCCGCUGUCUUUGACCAGCAGGAUGCAGAGGUUGUGUGUAGAGAGCUGGACUGUGGGGCUCCUGUACAGGUGCUGGGAGCAGCUGCUUUUGACAAAGGAGACGCUCAGAUGUGGACACAAGAGAUUCAGUGCAGAGGAAAUGAGUCUCAGAUUCACCUCUGUCCAACAUCUCUGUCACACAAAUACAACUGUUCGCACGAUAAUGAUGUUGGAUUGGUGUGUGCAGACCGUGUGAAUGUGAGGUUGGUUGGUGGUCACAGUCGCUGUGCUGGUAGAGUGGAGGUUCUUCACAGAGGUCAGUGGGGAACAGUGUGUGACGCUGCUUGGGAUAUGACUGAAGCUGCAGUGGUGUGUAGAGAGCUGGACUGUGGAGAACCUGUAGAUGCUCUGGGUGAUGCCUAUUUUGGACCAGGAUCAGGACCAAUCUGGACUAAUCGUAUGUUGUGUACUGGAUCAGAGACUACCCUGAAGAACUGUGGAUCAGUUCAGUGGUUUGGUUAUGACUGUAAUCAUGGUACAGAUGCUGGGGUCAUCUGCUCAGGUGAGCUGUUCUAAAAUAUAACCUAUUACAUCACUGUUGAUCCACAUGCCUUAUAUUUUAGUUCCAAAGAUUUCUAUAGAUUUUUUCAACACCAAGGGCAUAGGUUCAAUUCUCAGGGAAUUCAUGAACUGAUAAAAUGUUAAUCUUGAAUGCAUCUGUAAGUAGCUUUUUCUAUGUGCAUAAAUGUGUGCCAAAAGCAUAAAAGUACAAUGUAAAUCUAAAUACAAAUAACGUAUUGAUUAGUUCUUCAGCAGAAGCUUUUAUUGUACAAGCCCAGUAUCACAAGUGUUUGCCCUUUUACCUUUCAGAAACGGCAUU